CAUGCGGUGACGUCAUGUGGGUAUUGUGUUUGAGGAAACGCAAGAAACUGCAUCGAACCUGAAACAUAUUUGACUUUCUUAAAUCAUAUCGACAUCAACGAAGAGUUUAAUGUGACUGCACUUAAAAUAUACGAUUUCCAACGUCCCGAGCAAAAAAAGUGAGGAAAGUGACUGCCACAUCCGCAGCUCAGGAUGCAGGUCAGCGGUCAUCUCUGCGCUCUCAUCGCCUGUUUUGGAUUAACCCUGUCAGCGCUGGCCGGAAACCAAACGCGACUGGAUUCUGGAAACACUGCGCCGCCGCUCCUCUUGGUGUCGUUUGAUGGUUUCCGCGCAGACUACCUAAAGAAAUACUCCUUUCCCAAUCUGGAGAAGUUCUUCUCUGAAGGCGUCCUUGUGCACGAGCUGACCAAUGUGUUCAUAACGAAAACCUUCCCCAAUCAUUACAGUCUAGUCACGGGCCUGUACGCCGAGAGCCACGGCAUGCUUGCCAGUGUUAUGUACGACUCAGUGUCCAAAAAGACAUUCUCCAUUCAGAACGACAGUGACCCUUUCUGGUGGAACGAAGCCACUCCGAUCUGGGUGUCCGUGGAGGAGUCUGGGUCCAAGGCAGCCGCUGCAAUGUGGCCAGGAACGGACGUCAAUAUCCAAAACCACACGUUAACUUACCAGUUCGAAUACGACCCCAAGGUGACUUUCCAAGAAAGGCUGGGAAACCUCACGCAGUGGAUGACCGCAGACAAAUCAGUGAAGUUUUCCGCUCUGUAUUGGGAAGAGCCCGACCGGAGCGGACACAUGUACGGCCCGGAUAACACCACAGAGAUGAGCAGGGUUUUAAAGGAAGUGGAUGGUCACAUUGGCUUCCUGAUGGAGCAGCUCAACAGAACGGGAUUAUGGGGGAAGAUAAACGUCAUCAUCACUAGUGAUCACGGCAUGGCGCAGUGUUCUCAAGAGCGUCUUAUUAAACUGGAUGACUGCAUCCAUCCGAGCAGCUACAAGGUGGUGGAUCUUACUCCUGUGGCCGCCAUAAUCCCACUGGAAGAUAAUUCGACUGUGUACAAAAACCUGUCCAGCUGUCACCAUCACAUGAAAGCGUACCUGAAAGACGAUGUUCCCGAUCAGUUGCACUACAAAAACAAUGAAAGGAUCCAGCCGAUCCUUCUGGUGGCGGAUGAAGGCUGGACGAUUGUCAAAAAUGGCAAACUCCCGCGCCUGGGCGAUCAUGGCUAUGACAAUACGCUUCCCAGCAUGCACCCCUUCCUGGCCGCCCAUGGGCCUGCGUUCCGCAAAGGCUACAAGAUGUCGAGCAUUAACAGCGUGGAUCUCUACCCGCUCAUGUGCCACCUCGUGGGCGUCCCUCCGAAGCCCAACAACGGCAGCUUCGCUCACGUGCGCUGUGCGCUAGCUAACGAGCAGUGCGGAGAGCUAGCGCUAGCGGUGGGCCUCGUCAUCGGGGUUCUGAUCAUCCUGACCAUCUUCACCUGUCUCUUCAAGCUGAUGAAGAACAGAGAUGUCUCGUCUCCUCGUCCGUUCGCCCGCUUGGAGUUAGAGGACGACGGUGAUGAUGAGCCGCUGCUGGAAUGAAGCCUGUUAUUAGGUGUUAGCAGGUAAAGCGACUUGAUUCAAACACAUACGUUAAAGGAAUCGUUUACUGACCUACAGUUUAAGGUGAACUGUUCCUUUAAAUGAAAAUGAAAUGCUGCAGAGAUCAUACUGAAACUGAAAGAGAGAAAUGGAGCCAUUGUAAAGCCAGUAACAUACACUGAAGACACAAUAAUGAUAAUGAGUCAUCGUUAGUACUAAACAACAUGACAAAACACGUCCUCAACAUUAUCAACAGCUGCUGAUGCUUUAAAAUGAGUUCUUAAAGGGACAGUACGCCCCAAAAUUAAAACUCUGUUGUUCCAAACCUGUAUGACUCUCAAAUCGUUCCACAAAAAGUUCCAAGACUUUCUUUCUUCUGUUAAACAUAAAAGAAGAUAUUUUGAAGAACGUGAGUGAUCAGACAUUUGCCAGUCGCCAUUGACUUCCAUAGAAUGGGGGAAAAUAUUUUGGAAGUCAAUGGUGACUGGCAACUGUUUGGCAACCAACAUUCUUCAAAAUGUUUAAGAGGAGAAAGAAACUCUUGGAACCGGUUUAAAAAACACAAAAUGAGGAAUUUGUAUUUUUAGGUGAACUAUCGCUGAAUGAGUUCACUGGUGUGGAAUCUUUACUACAGAAUAAAAAAUAAAAAGGUAGCUGUGACUGUUUAUCUCAUAAUUCUGAUUUCUUCCCUCAGAAAUGUGAGAUAUAAAGUCAGAAUUGGAGCACAUAAAUUUGAAAUUUUAAACUUUUUGCCUUGGCAUUGAAGAAUAAAGAUAUUUGCUACUUUUUAUCUCACAAUUCUGACUUUAUUUGUUGCAGAUCUCAUGCAUUUACCUUUACCCAGAACUGCAAGAUAGAAACCUAGAAUCGUGAUAUUAAGGAUUGCAAUUUAUAAACUCACAUUUAUAAGGAAAAAGUCUAUCUUGUUUUUGCCAUGGAAUUAGAAUAAAAAACACAAUAUUUGCCAUAUAUAAACUCAAAAUAGCGAGAUUAAAAAUAAAUAAAAAGAUCAGAGGAAAAAGUUAAUUUGUUUUUGGCAAAAAUUGCAGGUUAUAAACUUGAGCUUCUCAUGGAAUAAAAAAAAAUCUCAGAGUAAAUCUGAUUUAUCUCACAAUUCUGAGUUUAUGUCUCACAAUAGUUUUCCCCUCAUAAUAGUGAGAUAAAAAUUCAUAAUUCUGAGGAAAAACUCAAAAAAAAAAAAAAGGGAAUGAUGAGUUUAUAUCUUGUAUUUUUCCCCUUAAUAUUGCAAGAUAUAAACUUAAAUUUGUGAGAUAUAAACUCAUUUUGAGAAAAAAAUUUCAGAAUUGCAAUGAGGAAAAAAGUCAAGCUUGUUUCUGUCAUGAAAGAAAAAAUACAAAAUUGUAAUUGUCUAUUUAUCUCACAAUUAAUUAUACAAUUAUUAAUUCAGACUUUUUCUCAAAGUAGUGACAAAAUACUGAGAAGUCUUUUUUCAUGGCGGAAAUAAGUUUCCAUACCAUGUACAGAAAUAGUUUAAAUGUGUGAGAUAAUUUCCUUGAAAAUCUCACACGCACAAGUCUCUUCGAAUGAUUAAAUCAUGCUACUUCCUGUAAUGCUUUUUAGCAUUAUCAUAUGCAUAUAAAUAUUGCUUUAUAUCUAUGCACUCUGUGUGUUAGCGGUCAGGUUACUGAGGUACGCUUCAUGCUUUUAAACUGCUGUUUCAUCCAAAUGCAUCGAAACAAUGAUUUCUACUUAGGAUUGCUAUGCUUUAGGAAAAUGCAGAACAAAAAACAAAAAAAAGUGCAGAACGUAAGCAAUAAUAAUUAUUACUCUAGCUUCUUUUCAGUAAGAAACAGGAUACUGAGGUUACUUGAAAACGCUGUACUGAUGUUGCUCGUAGUGAAACUUUAUUUAUUAAGUCACUUUUCAUCUGUUCUCACCGUCGGGGAAAUACACAACCAGUUAAAUCUGAAUAUUUAUUUUCUUUUUCUAGAAGUUGCUUAGUCUUUGUUUCUUUUCAGAAAAGGUGUAUUUAGAUCAGAUGCAACUAAAGGAAUGCUAAAUAAAUCUCAUGUUUCUUCUUGAGUCCCUACUGGGGAAUGUUUCUGUAGGGUUUCUGAGGGCUUUUCCCUGAAUGUUUCUGAGUGUUGAAUGUUUCUCAGAGAUUGUUGUGUGUGUAAAUACACUGUAAAGCUUGUGUUUUUGCUUGUUGCACUGUAAUCUGUAGGUUCAGAUUUGGGGGAAGGGGAUUUUUAUUCAUGCUUUAAAAUGUUUCCUAUUUUUCAAAAGUGUUUUGGACUUUUAAUGCUGGUUUUUGACUGUUGACUUGAAAUGACAUUGACUUUUUAUCCAUGGCUUGUCAUUUUCUAAAUAUUUCUUGCCGUUUUUUUUCUGUG